AUGCUGUCAACAUUCAGUAAACAACGUGGCUCAAAUAGUAAUGCAAAUAAGUACUCGGAAAUAAACAAUGUUCAACUACAGUAUGGAAAAAUGCUUGCAGCAGCAGCAGGAGUAAAACGCGGACACAAAGUUCUAGACAUGGGAUGUGGAACUGGUGAACUCACUUCAUUUCUUGCACAGAAAGUUGGUGAAGAAAGUCAAGUAGUUGGUGUGGAUCCAGACUCGGAGAGAAUCAAAGUUGCCAUUCAAAAACAUUCUCAAAAUAUUAUAUUCAAACACGGGGAAAGUUCGAGCCAAUUUCCUCAUUUUGAUGAACAAUAUUACGAUAUACAUUUUAGUAAUUUCGUUUUCCAAUGGCUGACUCCUGAAGAAAAAGAGAUUUUUGUCCAGACUGCGUUCAAAUGUUUGAAAGCUGGAGGCAAGAUUGCAAUUCAAAGUCACGAGGAUGACGCCGAUAUUGUCAAAGAAGCUAAAAAUAUAUCUGUUCCCAAAGGAUACGCUGUCAGAAGAGUCAGUGCCGUGUGA